AUGGCUCGGAGGAGGCGGGCCGACGGGUCGCCCGCGGCUGCGUGCCUGGCAGCCCGCGGGCGCGCGCCGCCCCAGCAGCGCCACAGCGGCCUUCGGGGGGCGUCGCCCGCCGCCGUCGCCCGUGCCUCCCCUCUCGCCCCGGCGCCCGCCGCUUCUCGCAGCAGCCCGCCCGGGCGGACGCCGCGGCGCGGCUCGAGGGCACGUGGGCCGGGCGUGGCGGCUGGGGCCGGGGGCAGGCAGCUGGCGCCGCGGCCGGGCGGCCGCGCCCCGAGUCGCUGGGGCCGACGCGCGGCUCCCCGCAGGGCCGCUAAGCUGGGCGCCGGGGGCGCGGAGCAGCGCGCACUCUUCGCCCGCGCGCGCGCCCGCGGCCCACGGCGCACUGCCAGCGCAGCAGCAGCCGCCGCCGCCGGCCGCCCGCACCAGCAGCAACUCCGCUGCCCGCCUCCCUCAGGCUCGCCCACCAAGAACUUCUCCCCGCUGCUGCAGCAGAUCCUCGCGGCUGACGACCUGGGAAGUGACGAAUCGGUGCUCCAGAAGAUGCGCGACAUCAUCAAGCAGUACAGCGACGUGGUGCCCCCGGCGGCGGACCCCGCGCCGCUCGACCCCCCGGCCGCGCUGCCGGACGCCGGGCUCGACUUCACCAGCGCGUGGGUGCACGGCAACGGAGUGAUCCGGCCCGCCGCGGCCGCAGCCGCGGCCGUCGCCUCCCCCGCCGGGCCGCCGUCGUCGGCCGGGCGCAAGUCGUCGGUGGCGUCGACGGCGACGUCGGCCUCCACGGCGCCGGCCCCGCGACGCGACUCCAAGCCCGAGGGCGGCGCCACCCGCAUCCCGCUGCCCGUCUUCUACAGCGCAUCCGCGGACUGCUAG